UGAUAGUGAUUGUAUUAAAUACUAUGGAGGUAGUUAUAUAUGGAAUGUUUUAACUUUAACAAUUUCCAAAUCUCAACCGAUCCGUUUGCGGCUACAUACAUGACGAACUUCAAUGUUCAAUGUUGGAUAGGUACAGUAUGUAAUUUGUACUUACUUACAUAAGGUUACAAUACAUGCAUGCUUCUUCACCGCCUACCUAAUUCCCUUACUAAACUCAAUUACGGUAGUGGCAGAAUUCAUCUCAGCUUUUUUUUUCUUCGCAAACUCGUCAAUCACCCUACAACUAAUUUCUAUCUCUCCAAAAAUUACUUCCGACAAGUACAACAUCGCUAAAGUCUCGCUCAUUCAUCUUUUGAUUUUUCACAAUUAUUGAGAUAUCACCAUGGCGGAACACAAGGAAAAGAAAAGAAAGAGAGUCGAGGAUGCUGGUCCAAGGCCAAAUAAGAAGGUAGCCAUACAAACUCCCCAACCGACACAACAACGCACGCAACGCCCACAGCCCAGCACUGUAAAGGUUUCUUCAGUCCACACAGCAAAGAGUUGUCCUCCAGUGAUAGCAACCUCAUCAGGCCUUUGCAUUCCCAAUUCAGUCAAAUUCCAAGCAUAUACCAAUUCGCAGUCUACGGGAUCUAGGCGCAGCAAGAAAGCCGAUUCCCAUACACCCAAUCUCCUCUUGCACUCAACUUCACACAGUAAAUUAGACUAUACAGCCAAAGAGGAGGGCCCGGGCGGGCGAGAAUCUCACCUAAAGCAUUAUGUCGGAGUCUUCGAUCCGAAGACAGGACAGUUAGCGGUGAUGGAAGCUAAGAAGAUGGCAGUCCGAGGUGUGGUUCGGGCACAAACAGCUCCCGAAGAAGAUGAUGCAGAGAAACAAGCUUCCAAGACAAUGUAUGAACUCCGAACCAACCUCGGCGAAGCAUUCGGAACCAAGAAGGCUAAGAAAGCUCUCGCCGCAAUCACCGAAAAUGCCAUUGCUCCCGAAAAGGCGAUCACUGAUGCUGGCGGCAACCCAUCGAAGCUCAGCUCCUCUUCAAUGGCGCUCAUGGAGUCCAUAAACGAGGUCACGGCAGGAAUGGCUUCUAAAGAGGAUCUCCAGGCAGUAGCCGAUGCAGCAAAACCAGUGCCCCCUGGCAAUUUCGACGCCGAGGAGAUCCAGGAUGUGUACACGUUGGAAGGCCUUAUUGGAAGUGAUGUGUUGAAUGCCAUCCCAAUCAGAGACUGGCAAGAGCAGAUCAAACAGAAAACGAACAAGCAGACAAAGACUGCCUUCAUCUCCAACCGAUUGGUAGCCAUUGCUGAAGGGCCAAACCCAACGCAAAGACUACGAGCUCUCCGAUAUCUAGAGCUCCUCUUUAAGUUCCUCAAAACUGCCAAGCCAGGAAAGGAGAGAGGCACAAAACGAGUGCUACCGCGAGACAAGCUAAGAGAAGAGUUGAAACCAGCUCCAGAGCCGGUUAUUGAGAAUAUCAGACGUAAAUUCUCUUUGAACGGAGAGAUGCGAAAGUUCCAUAUCGACUUGGGCUAUACGUACUGCUGUGCGCUUGCAGCCAUCUUGUCGAACUACAGUUUUGAUACAAGCUUUAUCCGAUUUGAUCUGGGCCUGGAUGAGAAGCAAUUCGCUCAGUACUUCCGCGAAAUUGGUGGCAAGGUCAAGACAGUCAAAGGCACAGAGCAGGGCACACACGCACAAAUGGCACUCUUGGCCUUACCACUUGAAUUUCCGAAGGUCAAAUACCAACGCCCACGCGGACGCUGAUGCUUUACAAGCAAACAAAAAGGGGGUUCAAGUGUGCGAUGACUACGAAAUGUGUCUGCAAUGGACACCGUGUACUAGGUGUACCGAGAUACCCUUAGAUUUAGGUAGCCAAUGUCUUACCUAUUCUUUUAAUCUAGAAACCUUUCACGUCGUGAUUAGAUACCUAUUGUACUUCGUAAACGUUCAUUUUCAAAUCAAGAAAGAGGGUGCUGAGUUAAAGAAGAUGGUGAUGGAUGAUAGAUGACUGAUAGAUAGGCUUGCCAUAAUUGAAGUUUAGGUAGUCUAUAAUGAUAAUGUUGC